AUGAAGUACCGCUGUACUGCUCUGUUUCUGUCAGUGGUCCUGCUUGAGAUACUGUUACCGAGCACAGCGGCCUGCAGCUGUGCGAAGGUAACUGCUCAGAAAGCUUUCUGUAGAGCAGAUUGGGUAUGUCAUGUACACAUUGAUCGUGGCAGCUCUUUAAGUGAUGUAAAGAAGAGACUUAGGCCGCCUACAGAUUACUUUCGAUAUGAUGUUAAACAUAUCGAAAUAUUCAAGGUUUUUUUAAAUCUUAAACUUUUUGACUUGCCGACUGCCGUCUACACUUUCAAAGAGGCAUCAGCUUGCGGAAUUCAGCUUCGCAUAGGGAAAGAUUACCUUCUGUCGGGUACCGUCAAUGAAGGUAACCUGAUGACAGGAAUUUGCAGUCAGCUUCUAGAACCGUCUCACACAGGUGUUAUUAUGGAGUGGUCGGCGGUUUCCGAUAACCUGAAGAAGAAGUUACGGAAUGAUAAAUUGGUGUCAUCAUGUAAUUAA